UGUUGAGAAGCAGUUCGUGUAAGAAGUUUGUCGCUGUCGGUUUUGAAUAAACACAAACCCCAAUCCCCAUUAAAGUCAAGUCCAGUUUAGUAAAAUUACUUAGUAACCGCUUACGGUAUCGGACUAACGUGUGCGCGACAAUUGUAUAGGCUACACGAAAUUUUCUUCUUCUUCUUCUUCUCACCAAAUCAAUUGGAUUAAAGCAGCAGUUUACAUUGUCAUAUACUGAGGAUAAUUUUAAUCAUACAAAAAAAUUUUUUGAAAUGUUCCGUUUUUUCAUUUUAAGCACCUUAUUAGCCAUCGCUGCGAGUCAGGGUUACAAUCAAAAUCCCAAGACAGCGGCAAUUAUUAGUGAACAACGUUACCUGGCUGGCGAUGGAAAGUUCGGUGCUGCCUACACACAAGAGGAUGGCAUUAAUUUCAAAGAGGAAACCGAUGCUGAUGGUACACGUCACGGUAGCUACAGUUAUGUAGAUCCAACGGGUGAGAGACGUACAAUCUCCUACACAGCUGGCAAAAAUGGCUUCCAAGCCAGCGGCGAUCACUUGCCCGUUGCUCCACCAGCGCCACCACAACCCGUGCCACAGGCCGGCUAUCAGCCGCAGCCACAAUAUCAGCCACCAGCACAAUCGGGCGGUUACCGCAGCAACGACUAUGAUGAUGGUUCUUAUGAUCCACGCUACAACGAUCCCGGUUUUGGUCAACAACAGGGUUCAUAUCAGCCACAACAGCCGCAGUAUCAACAACCAGCGGCGCCAGCCUAUAAUCCAGCACCACAAGCACCCGCAUAUAAUCCACCUGCGCCACAAUAUAACAGCUACCAGCCACAACCGCAGCCACAACAACAACCCUACUAUCAACCGACCACACCCAAUCCACAUCGCUUUGCGCCACCCGGUAAAUUGUCGCUGAAUCGCACACCAGACGGUUUUAGCUACAGCUUCAAUAAGGUCUAAGCGUUGCGCGAGUGAUGUGGCGGUGACGUGGUGAGGUGGUAAGGUGGUGAGGUUGGUAAAAGAAAUAUAUGGGUACUUGGAGAGCGGGGGGGCAGAACAACAAGAACUGGAUGUGAGCGCUAACACUAUCUGAACUAUGAAUGCUGUGCGCGUUGUGCGGCCGCACGUGUGGUUUGUUGGCGUGGACGUGGGCGCUCGAAAGUUGAGUGGCUGACAGCCAGCGCGCAUAGUUUGCAUUUCUGUUUUACUCUCAACUACUAGCGAUUUUCCAUAUGAACUUCUACUUUACUGUUAUUUCAAUACUUGUUUUUAUUUUGCAUGUCUUUUCAUUUUUUUUUUUUAAUUCAUAAUUUAAUUUGAUUUGAAUAAUUUUUAAUUUAAGAUCGCGAUCAAUUUUUAGUUGGUAUUUUAUUUUCAGUUUUUCAACAUUUAUUGCAAUUUUAAAAUUUUAUUUAAAUUUCGAAACUUUUCUUUCGAAACUUUUCUUUCGUUCUAAUGUCAUUUCCCUUCUCUUUCAUACAUUUCAAUCUCACUCUCAAACGUAAAACUCAAACUUUUGCUUCCUUCUAAAUGAACGUUCACUUUGUGAUAUCUAAAAAUAAAUAUGUAUGUAAUGGCGUAAAAUUGUUGCAACAAUUCCUUCAGGUUACUCUUAUAAAUGUAAUUUAUUUUUGUGCUUCCUUUUUUUAGUUUUUGUGUAACUUUAAUUUUGUUUUAAAAAGCAAAUGUGUCAAGUUUUAAUAAAAAGAGAAAUUGUUUAAACAAAA